CGAUUUAGAUCUAGAUCUAUAUGUUUCCUUUACAUCUUGAGUUAGAAUCUUGUAUGAAUUCUUUCAGAUUUAGAUUCUAGGUCUAGUGACUGUAAUUGAGAGAACAUAUUGGAAGAAUGUCUAUUAUUGUUGUCAUUUUCUCUGUUUUCAUCUGUCAUAUCUCAAGUACUGACGUUAUGCUUCAAUAUGAGGCGAGUGAAGUCACUGGAGAUCAAAUGCCUGACCAGGUCAAUGUAACUUUUAGCACAGAAACAAAAUCUCUAACCAAACUUAAUCUCAGACGCUCGCGACAUUUUAACCUCGAUAUUCCUUUGUAUACUUUAGACACCGACCAGGAAGGAAUUUUCCAUAGACAUAAAGUGAAAACCAGACCCAAAAAGGAUCUAGGUUUCUACCAAGAUAUUACAAACAAGGCUGUUUUUCGCAUCCAAAGGUCUUCAGAGAAAUCGACGUACAAGAAAUCUAAAUUUAAUUUGGUCAGUUUUCCACAAUCGACGUUUUCUGGGAGGAAUUAAAAUAGUUUAAACUUCAUGGACAGGGGCUCCUCUGCCUGGGGCGGUGCCCAGUCGCUAUGCAAUUUCCUGCAUAAUCAGCUUCUCUUAGCGGCUAAAUAUGUAUCUCGUACUAUGUAAUAGUAAUACAAUUAAGUGAAAAAUAAAUU